AGUGACUGUGUGUCUCUCUCAGCUCUCAGAGGGAGAAGAAAACAACGCGUGUAAAAGUGGUGUCGCUACCGAGAAAACUCAUGAAAGAAACCGGCCGACGGAUAGUUUCACAGCCGGACGCGUGCGCCUGUUUUUGGUUUUCUACUUUUUUUUGUUCCCCUCCCCGAGACUUAAAAAAACGGGUUCGGCUCGUAACGCGAAGUCUCCGGGAUUUCCUCUCUCAUCUCGAAGUUCAACAAGAUGAACUUCGAUCCGGUGGUCGGGAAACCUUCUCCCCCGACCUUGACGAUCCAGGUGUUUGUGGCGGCGCUCCUCGUCGGGCUGGUGUGUCACGCGGCCGAACCUCCAGCGUCUCAGUGGGCCGGCGACGAAUACAAAAACCUCACCCUUCGGCGACACAGAACGUGUGUCGAGAAUGAGCAGUACCUGCACCAGGGGUUCUGCUGCCACAACUGCAAGGCUGGGACCUUUGUGCAGAAGGGAUGUGAAAGAGACCAGGAACAGGGCACCUGUCUCCCCUGCGAGUAUGGACAGACCUACACGGAGCACUCCAACGGGAUGAACCGCUGUUUGCCGUGCACGCACUGCCGCUCAGACGAGAUUCAAACUGCGUCCUGCACCACGACGACAGACACCAGUUGCCAGUGCCGCCCGGGUACCUUCUGCGUCCCGGAUCAGGCCUGCGAAGUCUGCAAACGCUGUGCCAAGUGCAAAUCAGGGGAGGAGGAGGUGAAGAAGUGCACCCCGUUUUCGAACACGGAGUGUCGCAAACGGGAUCUGUCGCCGACGGAAACCACCUCGGCGCUCCCCACGCCGACCCCGAUUUCCCCGGCAGACAUCGUUUCACCCGUCUGCAUUUCCCUGACCGUCGCCGCCAUCGCCAUCGGCGCUGGACUGGCUUUGUGGUGGUUCGUCAUCAAGCGGCGCUCGUGCGAAAUACCAUGUCCAAAGAGCCGUUGUGAUUCCAGUGAAAUUGUGAAGAUUCCUAUCGACGAGAGUGGAGACACGGCAGAGGAGAGGCAGAAUAAUCAGAACGCGGGUCUGGAGGGCGAGGAGUCCCGCCCGGAGUCGCGGCCCCUGCUGCAGGAGACCGGCAUGACCAAGGCCUCCCCUCCCCUCGAAGAUGAGGACCGGGGUCUAGGAGACAGCUUGCCCAACACCACCAGUUCUUCUCAGACCAGCCUGUCAGCCCUGCCCACCGCAUCCUCCUCCGAUAACCCCCCAAACACCCCACAGCAGAGCCCCGCUGCCAUCCGGCUGCCACCCGCAGACAUGGAUGAUCCUCUGCAGCACCGCUUGGUGCCUCUCCAAGGGUCAGAAAGAUCCCUGAAGAAGAGCUUCGAUCUGUUCGACGAGUACCUGGACGUGCGGAUCCACAACAAGUUCUUCAGGAUGAUCGGGGUCAGCGACAACCACAUUCGGAUCGCGGAGAACGGCGCCCCUGGCGACAAAGUGUACGAACUGCUGAAGAACUGGAUGCAGCGGCAGGGGCUAAAAGCAGACAUCAACAACUUGUUGGAGGCCCUGUUGAGCAUGGACCAGCGGCGCUCGGCCGAGAGCAUCGCCUCCGCCGCCCUGCAGAGAGGCUACUACAAGCACGAAGACGCACCCUGACGGCUGAAGUGACGGGGGGGGGGGGGGGGGCAGCGAAAUGAAGUAAACGCAAAGUACUUAAUGCAAAGAAAAAUGAAAAGCGCACGGACACACCGUCUGUGGACAUUGUGUCUCACGAACAGGCUUACCUCUUUUGUGGCCCACCAGCCAUGUACUCAAAAAGCCAGUAGUUUUUAAAAAGAAAAAAAAACCACCAAAAAAGUGUGGUGGGGGAAAAGGUCGAGCCGUAUUUAUCAGAGCUCUGAAGAUGUUGACUACUCGCCGAAAUGCGGAGGCGUUAUACCGAAAAACGACGUUGUCGCCACCAACGGUGAAAAUGUCUCUUUUUAAAAACAAAAAAAUUACAAAAAACAAAAAAGAGAGCAGAUUAACGUGAAGUUGUCCGCUUCCACAGGCAGAUAUGGCUGCAUUGUUUUAUGCUCUAAUGGAGCAACAUGCGUCCAAAUACUGAAAACUUCUCUGGGCGUUUGAGUGUGUGUGUGUGUGUGUGUGUGUGUGUGUGUGAGUGUGUCACGCAUCUGGUCCUCAGAUCACAAUACACUACCUGGAGACAAGGAUAUACACUGGUUUGUAGGAGUGGCAUUAGCUAUGUCACUAGUACUGUGCCUCUUCGAUGCACUGACCUCUGGCACAUGUAGGAUUUCAAACUUAAAUCAUGCUAUUUCUGUUUUCUUUUGUUAUAGAUUUCGGUUUCUCUGAAACCAGUUUGAACAUUUCCCUGACUGCUGGUCAGAAAACAUGGCCGGUCAAAUUACAGCUUUACCUAGCGCUGCCAUUUGACCACCUAAACUUAUUUAGCGACCCUGAUGACAUGAUGCUCGUAGAGCGUAAUGAAUUUAUUUUGAAGGAUCAAAGUCAAAACGCUCCCAGUCUGUUAUCUGCUCGCUGUGGCUCCACAUGCGACAAUGUCGAAGGAAUUUCACAAGCCGUUCAUCGUCAAAUGUUUCCAUAAUUACAUCACAUGACAUCACAUGUCAUUUAGCUGACGCUUUUAUCCAAAGCGACUCACAUGUCUCUUCGUGUAACUCGGGAGAACUCUCAAAAGGUCAUUUUAUUUAUCCACAUAUUUAUUAUUAAUGAAUAAUAAUUCACUUUUUGAUUUAUUUAUAACGUUUUCAAAAACAAACAACCCCUUCUUCCGGGAAAAACGAAGCGCAGUGCACCGUCUUCGGGGCCAAAACGACACACGUCCAGCUUUUUCAAAGGGUGCCUUCGACGUUAAACUCCGCCCCCGCUCGCUGCACCGGGCUGAGUGGAGCCCUCCGGUCCACGUGGUGCGUUUGGUUGGACUCGGACAAGAUGAAGGACACUUUCUUUUCUCUUUUUGGGGGAUUAAAAAAAAGAAAAAGAAGAAGCUAAAAUGCAUUUCCCUCAGUCUGUCACGUCUACAAUAGGAAGGUCCAGAGAGCACUGAAGCCUCAGUGUGUGUGUGUGUGUGUGUGUGUGUGUGUGCACGUGUGUGCGCGCGCGUGUGUGUGUGUGUCAACAAACCAACACGACAGUGAGGUGCCACGUUAUUAACGGCAGCACCAGUCGAGGUCGUGACAUUUUUAAACUAGAUUUUUUUUUUUUUUUUUGCCCAUUUUUUUUCUGCAGCAUGUAUAAAGGAAAGAGUUACAGAGAUAUAUAUUAUUGCUGAAGAGCGACGCUACAGUGCUGGCACUGCCAUCUGUUGACAGACAAUGAAAAUACAGCCGGCAUCAAUUUCUAGGGAUCCCAAACACCCCCUCUCUCCCCGAACAUUCUCCCUUUUUAACUCCUUUUUUUUCAACAGUUCUCAGCUCUAAGUCUUGUUUCUUUUGAAGAUUCCUCUCGGCCUUUGAAGUAGCAGCAUGCAUGUUUUGUUCACUCUGUGGCACGUCACGUGUAUGUCUUUUUUCUAAAAUAAUUUCCCUGUUUUUACUUUUUGCGGAUCUUAUUGCCAAAUCCUAAGCUGUUCAACUAACGUCCUCUCGUGUAAAAAAUUAAAAACGUUCUGUCCAGCGUUGCCGUUAAGCCAUUUCUCCCCUUAGUUAUUGUUUGCUUGUCAUGGAUUUCAGAUAUAAAUUAUGCAAUUAAGCUGUUUUUAUGUCAAUUUCAAAUAAAUGUUUUGUACAGAU